AUGGCCAGCGCUGGGGAGGGGAAAGGCAACCCGCCGGCCAGACCCGCCCCAGCCCGAGCAGAGGGGCGCUCCCCGGGCCAGUGCUGGGAGCUGCGUGCAGCCCCCGCUCUCGGGCUCAUUGGACCCCCGGCCUGCGGAGGGCGGCCCGGCCUCGCAGCCACGUCGCCCGCUGGGGUGGUGGGCGCGGGCCGAAGAACACUAGAAGAUGAAGAGAUGUGGUUUAACACAGAUGAGAAUGAUAUUGAAGAUGGAGAAGCUGUAGUGUCUCCAUCUGACAAAACUAAAAAUGAUGAUGACAUUAUGGAUCCAAUAAGCAAAUUCAUGGAAAGGAAGAAAUUAAAAGAAAGUGAAGAAAAAGAGGUGCUUCUGAAAACGAAUCUUUCCGGUCGGCAGAGCCCAAGUUUCAAGCUUUCCCUCUCUAGUGGGACGAAGACGAAUCUCACCAGCCAGUCAUCUGCACCGAACCUACCUGGAUCUCCAGGUUCCCCUGGGACCCCAGGCUCUCCAGGCUCUCCAGGCUCCCCUGGAUCUGUCCCUAAAAAUACAUCCCAGACGGCAGCUAUUACUACCAAGGGAGGCCUUGUGGGUCUGGUAGAUUAUCCUGACGACGAUGAAGAUGAUGAUGAUGAUGAGGAUGAGGACAAGGAAGACUCGCUGCCAUUGUCAAAGAAAGCCAAGUUUGAUUCCUAA